GAUUCCUGAACAACACUUUCAAAUUGAAUUUUUUGAAGACCACGAGACGUCUAUAUUUAUAUAUAAAUCUUAUCCUGUGAGAGUCUGUCGUAAGCUCAUCAUGGACUGUUUGCGCUGCUUGAAUUAUCCCUGCCCGGCAUAUUCCGCGUUAAACUCUCCCACCCUUACAAAAACCUUCACGUAUUCCUUAAGGCCUUAUGCAAAAUCCUCCACUGUACGCUGCGAAAUGGAUCCCCAUCAAAGAGCUGCUGCACACAGACAGCAGCUAUUCAAUCGCAUUGCCUCAAAUUAUGACUAUUUGAAUGAUCUGCUAAGCCUCGGACAGCAUGGAGUGUGGAAGCGAAUGGCCGUUUCGUGGAGUGGAGCAAAAGAUGGAGAUAUUGCCCUGGACAUCUGUUGUGGGAGUGGUGAUUUGACCUUUCUCCUGGCAGAAAAAGUCAGGCAUAGAGGAAAGGUGACAGGUCUUGACUUUGCAGAUGAGCAACUGAUAAUUGCAUCAGAACGGCAGAGAGAUUCCUGGAAAUCUUGCUACAGAAACAUUGAGUGGAUUCAAGGUGAUGCAUUGAAUCUACCAUUUGCAGAUUCGUCCUUCAAUGCCGUGACUGUUGGAUAUGGAUUGCGUAAUGUUGUGGAUAUUACUCAAGUUUUGAGUGAGAUUUAUCGUGUACUAAAGAAGGGUUCCACUGUUUCUAUUUUGGAUUUCAAUAGGAAUUCAAAUAGUUCUUCUAGCCUCGUACAGGAUUGGAUUCUUGACAACGUUGUUGUUCCAGUUGCAAAUAGAUAUGGACUUGGAGAUGAGUAUGCAUACUUGAAGACCUCAAUUGCUACAUUUCCCACAGGCAAACAACAAGAGAAGUUAGCUUUAGAAGUUGGAUUUUCAAGGGCAAGGCACUUUGAAAUCGGAGGAGGGUUAAUGGGCGUUUUAGUGGCCACACACUAGUUCUAUGCUCUACUGCAAUGCACAUUUCUUGGUAUAUGAUAGGACCAUGUUUUUUAAUUGAACCAGACAAAGUCGGUUGCACUCAGCUGGCAAGUGGGUGGUAUAUCCAAAAUUGUUUGGAUCAUUAUGUGCACACGAGAUAGGAGCUGGUGCCAAAGGUUCAAUAACUGAAUCAACAAAAAAUGCAAUAUACUAAUCAGCCAGGCAGCAUUGCUGAUUUUUUAAUCCUAUGAUUGAUUUACAUUGUUCUCCAAAGAACACAUUUUUUCAUUUUUGUAUAUUAGGGUUCCAUAUCAAUUUGUAAAAUUGUGCAUCAGCUCUCAAAACCCCUUAAAAUAUGAUGGAAUGCUUUACCAUUUUAAAAUGUGAAUAUUGUUGAAUUAUACAACAUGAAGACAAAUCUGGUUAAGGAGAUUUUUGAUGCUGAAUCAUGUGAGAACAUGCAAGUCUUUGUCAUCUCAUUUCAAAAUCACAAUCUACAAUAUAAAUGGGAAACCUUUUGGGUAACCAUG